CAGCAAUAUGAAAGGAGCGUCGGCACCGAACGCGCGGACGAAGCGCGCAGCAGCAUUUUGCUUUUGCUUGGCGCUCAUCAUGGGCACGGGCUCGACGCUCUCGAGCAAGAUCAUGUACGGCGUCGAGAGCAUGGGCCGCGACGGCACGGUGCGCCACUUCCAGAAGCCGCUCAUGCAAACCUUCAUGAUGUUCGUCGCCAUGAUGAUUGCGAUUCCGUUCCACGUGCUCUACGCGCGGCUGACCAAGCAGAACGAGACGCUGACGCGCCACAGCGUACUCAUGCUCGCAUACCCGGCCAUGGCCGACCUCGGCGCGACGGCGCUCAUGAGCAUUGGCCUCAUGUACGUGCCUGUGAGCACGUUUCAGCUGGUCCGGUGCACAAUCAUUGUGUUUGUGGCCGUGCUCAAGGUGCUCUUUCUCAACUUCAAGCCCACGGGCUACAUGCGCUGCGGCAUUGGCCUCAAUGCAAUUGCGAUCCUCAUGGUCUCGGCUUCGUGCUUUGCCGAGGAGAAGGAGUCGGGCUCGGCGCUGCUCGGCGUCGGCAUCCUCCUCGUCGGGUGCCUCAUUACCUCGUCGCAGUAUGUGCUCGAAGAGACGGUCAUGCGGCGACAGGACAUGCCGCCCAUGAUGGUCAUUGGCCUCGAGGGCGUGUGGGGCACGCUGCUCAUGGUCUGCGUCGUCUUUCCUAUCGCAUACCUUUUGCCGGGCCGCGACAAUGGCCACGCCGAAGACGUGCUCGACUCGCUCGCAAUGAUGGCCAACAGCGCCACCGUCCGCUACCUCUGCGCGUUCUACAUAAGCUGCAUCACCGUCUUCAACGUGUCGAGCAUCUUUGUCACGUACCUCCUCGACUCGGUGUGGCGCUCGAUCCUGGCCAACUUUCGCCCGGUCUCGGUCUGGUCCAUGGACCUCGCGCUCUUCUAUGUCUUUACGAGCGGCGUCCUCGGCGAGCCGUGGUCGAGCUGGAGCUGGCUGCAGUUUGCGGGCAUGCUCCUCCUCUUCUUUGGUACCGCGGUCUACAAUGGCAACAUUCGCCUGCGCUGGUUUGACUACGCGCACCUCGACGACGUCCAGGAGAUGCUCACGGAAGAGUCGGCGCUCGCCAUUGAGCUCUCCAACAGCCCCGGCUACGGGUCGCGCCUCAACGCGCACCGCAAGCCCUCGAAAGCGGUUUAGGUUGAAAGCGAUGUACUCGAGUAAGAAUUUUUGCGUUGACAUGUG